AUGGCAGCUCCACCUCCCGAUCUACUCACCGACUCUGUCCCCGCCGCUCCCACCGCCCUGGCGGAAGGUGGCUUUCCGGGAGGGGUGCCUGGAGGGCGCGCGCCUGAUCCCGGCGGGGUAGCGGGGCGCGCAACGGGUUUGACGGCCAUGGGGUUCUCGGCGGGCGGGCGGCGCAAUCCGCUGCGCGGAAAGAAGGCGGGCACGCCCGCCGUUGGCACCACCGAGCGCGGACUGAUUUCCGCGGAGCAGCCAGCGGCGGUUACCGUGCACGCGGCGAAGAAGCAUCUCGUGUCAUACGGCCAGCUGGCCACGGCUCUCAAGGAGGCGGCCGGAUCCACGGAUCAGAAGAAGCGCCAGCAGCUGGUGGCGCUUGUGUUCCCCAAGCUCGCAGUGUACAACUCCGUGGACCCCUCUCUCGCCACCGCCCUGCUGCUCCUGCUGCAAGGGUCGUCGGACGUGGUGGUGCUGCGCUACUGCUACUACUUCCUCGCUCGCAUCCUCACUGAGAGCGCCGCCGCUGGCAGCUAUAAUGAGGGCGGUGGCGUGCCCACCCCCAACUGGGACACCCUGGCUGACGUCUCUGCAGAUGGGUCUCAAUCCGCCACAAGGGCGGAGCUGCUCUCUCUCAUACUCUCUCGUCUCGCCACUGAAGCAUCCACUCCUGACGUAGCUGCGCAUGCGCGGCGCAUGGCGGCGCUCAAGGCGCUGGCGUGUGCGCCCAUGGCCCACCAGGACGCCUAUGCUGCGCUCGUGCGCAUCAUUCUCGCCAUCCUUGACUCGGUGACGGAGGAUCGGAAGAAGCGGCGGCGGUGGAGGGAGCUGCUGCGGCGGGGCGCCAAGGCGAAGGACGCGGCGCUGCGGGGCAACCUCUUUGGCGCCGCGCUCUCCGCGCUGCGCCGCCUGCCUCUCGACCCCGCCUCCGACGUCUUCAUUGAGCGCGUUGUGCUGGGCAUCGGCUGUCCGGAUGCAGUGGGGCUGCGCCAUGCGCUCUCCAUGGCGGCAGACAUCGCCCUCGUCAACCCCCUCGCCCUCGCCACCUCCAUCUCGCGCCUGGCGGGGGGUUCACUGGCGGCGGCCAUCAGGGCGCCGGACAUGUUUGCUCGGGUCUACCUUGCACGCCUCUGUGCUACCCUCGUGCACGCCUCCCAGAUCUACGACCGAGCUGACUUCCGAGGGCUGUUCUCGGCCUUCCUCUUCCAGCUGCUCUACGAUGCCAAUGUGCGCGUGUGCCUCGAGGCCAUCUGCUGCAUCACCGCCGCCUUCUCCGCCAAAGUCGAACCCACCACGGCGCAGCGGGCGGAUGGGUGGCAGAUUCUGACCACCUCGCUCAUGGACACGCGGGGGGCCGCCAGGGACCUGGCGGGCGGCAAGGCCGGGGGCUCCAAGGAGAAGGAGGCCAUGCCUCUGCCGCCCUCCUACGACCUCGUGCUCAAGGUGGUGGCGCACCGGGUGGACUAUGCGCUGCGCAGCACAUCACGGCCCAUGCUGCACGCGGCGCUGAGGGCCGUUGCGGAGAUAGGCAAGGCGCGUGCGGCAGCACUCUCGCUGGGGCUCUUCACAGAGGCGCCAACCCUGCCGCAGGACGACGCGUCUGACUUCCAGCAGGCGAUGGGCAAGCAGCAAGCCCCCAGGGAGAAGGUGACGGUGGACUCGCUGCUGGCAGCCCUCAUGGAGGCCGUGCGCUGCACCGUCGCCUGCGAGUGCGUCUACGUGCGCGCCCAGGCGAUCAAGGCGAUGAUAUGGAUGCAGAGUGAGUACGAGUCGAGCUCGGAGCUCAAGGCCACGCUGCUGGGCGAGCUGGACGACCCCGCCUGGCCCGCCGCCCUCCUCAACGACCUCCUGCUCACCCUGCACGCGCGCUUCAAGGCCACGCCAGACAUGGCCGUCACCAUUCUGGACCUCGCCAGCCUCUUCGUCACAAGGGUGCCCUCCAAAGUCGACACCACCACCCUGCAGGCGCUUUGGAAGACGUGUCUGGUGGGGUGUGGUCCGCAGGGCAAGCAUCUGGCGUUGGAGGCCGUCAGCACGGUGCUCGACCUGCCUCCCCCGCCGCCGCCCCAACUGCCCUCCUCUCACGGCGCUGCUGCUGUCAGCGCGGCGCCCAUCUCACACCCGCGCUCCGCCAUCGCCCUGCAGCGCAUCACCCAUGCCGCUAUCUGGUUUUUGGGGGAGAACGCCAACUAUGCUGCAGGCGAGUACGCGUGGGAGAGUGCCACACCGCCCGGGGCGGCGCUGAUGCUGCUGGACGCCGAGAGCAUGGUGGCGGCGGCCGGCGUGCGCAACCCCACGCUCGCCCAGGCGAUGCAGCGCCUGCAGCGCACGGCCACCACCGGUGCAUGGGAGGACCGGGUGGUGGCGGUGUAUGCGCUGAUGACGGUGGCGCUGCGGAGCGGCGAGCCGUACCGCCUGCAGAUCUACGAGUUCUUCCACGCCCUCUUCUACGGCGGUGGCUCCUCCCGCAAGGUGCGGGGCAUGGCGCUGGGAGUGUCGAACGGCGAGGACAGGGGCGCCAGUGGCACGGGGCUGGGGAGCAUCAUUGCACCGAUGCUGCGAGUGCUGGACGAGAUGUACCGCUGCCAAGACGUCAUGAUGCGGGACAUUCGGCUGCACGAGUUCAGUGGGGAGGAGUGGCAGGAGGAGCAGCUGGAGCGCAUAUACGACAUGCACGAGCGCCUCAUGGACCUCGCGCUGCUCUUCUGCUUCGUGCCGCGCCAUAAGUACCUCCCCCUCGGCCCCAUGAGUGCGCGGCUAGUAGCGCAGUACCGGGCGCGGCGGGGCAUGGAGGCGGGGGUGGGGCGCAGUGAGGCGGAGCUGAGGGCCACGCUAGAGGGGCUGCUGCGCCACACCGGCUCCGCCCCCAAGGACGCCGCCGUCUUCCCCCCACUCACCCUCCUGCAACCCCUCCCCGACUUCCCCACUGCCGGCGCCCUCAAGGUGACAGACAUGCUGGGCGGCGGUGGAGACGAGAGCGUGUCGGUGCCGGCAACGCCGCGGCGGUACGAGGGCAUGGCGAGUGCGUUUGAUGCGGUGGCGGGCGACACGGGCAUGGGCAGCACCUUUGAUGACGUGUACGCCUCGUCGCUACUCGAGGCCGACGACGAUGCCGAGAGCGAGGUGUCGGACGGCUCGGCAUCGCCGACAGCGUCCACCACAGCGGAGGCGUUUGGCAACAUCCGCAACUGGGACGAGGAGAGCCUGUCAGGCGACAAGGGGGCAAGCGAAGCAUCAGCAGGGCAGUCGGCGGGGCGAGGGAGGGGGGGCGAGGAGGAGGAGGACGAGGGGUACGACUACGAGGCGGAGCUGCGCAGGCGGGCGGGCGACAGCGGCGCCAAGCAGCGAGGCCGCGCGCUCUACGCCUUCAUUGCAGGCGAUGAGGACGAGCUGUCACUGAGCGUGGGAGAGGAGGUGGAGAUAGAGUACGAGGCGGACGGGUGGUACCAUGCCAGGAAGGUCAACCCCGCUGAUGGCAAGCAGGCCGGCUUCGUGCCCGUGCUCUACCUUGACACGCGCUGA